UCAGAGAUCCUUUGAGACUGCAAAGAAGGAAGAAGGCAUGAGAUUGGCUUCAGUGCAGUAAAGUAGGUUAGUUUAAGGACAAGAAAAAAGUCAUUAACUAGCCCUUCUUGUGUUGCCGUGAUGAGAACUUACCAUUGCUUCUGGCUGCUGUUUUGGGCUGGUCAGCCCCACCAAAGUUUCUUAACUCCAUUAUCCAAAAGGACUAGUAGCUUUCCAGAAAAGGAAAAGGUUUUGAUAUUGUCUGGAAACAGCAGGCGAGACAUCCAUCGUUCCAAAAGGAGCUGGAUGUGGAAUCAGUUCUUCUUAUUGGAGGAAUACACAGGAACUGACUACCAAUAUGUUGGCAAGCUGCAUUCAGACCAGGAUAAAGGCGACGGAUCACUUAAGUACAUCCUUUCUGGAGAUGGAGCAGGAGACCUCUUCAUUAUCAAUGAAAACACUGGUGACAUCCAGGCCACAAAGAGACUAGACAGAGAAGAAAAGCCUGUAUACAUACUCCGUGCCCAGGCUAUAAACAGAAGGACUGGAAGGCCAGUGGAACCAGAAUCUGAAUUCAUCAUUAAGAUCCAUGAUAUCAAUGACAAUGAGCCAAUGUUUACAAAGGACAUUUACAAUGCCAGCAUUCCUGAAAUGUCAGAUGUUGGUACCUUUGUUGUGCAAGUCACCGCAACUGAUGCCGAUGAUCCUACAUAUGGGAACAGCGCUAAAGUUGUCUACAGCAUUCUCCAGGGACAACCAUAUUUCUCCGUCGAAUCUGAGACAGGCAUUAUUAAAACUGCUUUGCUAAACAUGGACCGUGAAAACAGGGAGCAAUACCAAGUGGUCAUCCAGGCUAAGGACAUGGGAGGCCAGAUGGGCGGAUUAUCAGGAACCACCACUGUGAACAUCACGCUGACUGACGUAAACGACAAUCCGCCUCGUUUCCCACAGAGCACAUACCAGUUCAGAGCUCCUGAGUCUACACCACCUGACUCACCAGUUGGCAGGAUAAAAGCUAAUGAUGCUGACGUGGAUGAAAAUGCAGAGAUUGAAUACAGCAUCACUGAGGGGGAUGGAUAUGACAUGUUUGGAAUUACCACGGACAAGGACACACAGGAAGGAAUUAUAACUGUCAAAAAGCCACUGGAUUUUGAAAAUAAAAACCUGUAUAUUCUGAAAGUGGAAGCUACCAAUACUCACGUGGACCCUCGUUUCCUCUACCUGGGGCCAUUCAAGGACUCAGCUACAGUCAGAAUUCAGGUGGAGGAUGUAGAUGAACCCCCUGUGUUCAGCAGACCAGCAUACAUAAUGGAAGUGAAAGAAGAUGUUCCAAUAAACAGCGUAAUAGGAACAGUAACUGCUCAGGAUCCAGAUGCUGCCAAGAACCCUGUCAAGUACUCUGUAGAUCGACACACUGAUAUGGACAGAGUAUUCAACAUCAAUUCAGGAAAUGGUUCGAUAUUCACUUCAAAACCCCUUGACCGGGAAACACUGCUAUGGCACAACAUUACAGUAAUAGCAGCAGAGAUCAACAACCCAAAACAAAGCAGUCGUGUCCCAGUGUUCAUUAAGGUUUUGGAUGUAAAUGACAAUGCGCCAGAGUUUGCCAUGUUUUACGAGACCUUCGUCUGUGAAAAUGCAAAGUCAGAACAGCUGAUACAAACAUUAAGCGCCGUUGAUAAAGAUGACCCUUACAGCGGACAUCAGUUUUCCUUCUCCUUAGCUCCCGAGGCAGCCAGCAGCUCAAACUUUACACUGCAGGACAACAGAGACAACACAGCAGGGAUUUUCACCCGAAAAACCAGAUAUAACCGGCAUGAAGUGAGUACCUACUUCUUGCCAGUGGUAGUAUCAGACAAUGACUACCCUAUCCAGAGCAGCACUGAAACGGUGACCAUUCGAGUAUGUGCUUGUGACCAUCGAGGAAAGAUGCUGUCCUGUAACGCAGAAGCCUUGAUUCAUCCUACUGGUCUUAGCACCGGGGCUCUUAUUGCCAUUCUUCUCUGUAUCAUUAUAUUACUCGUUACAGUGGUGCUGUUUGCAGCACUGAGACGUCAGCGGAAGAAAGAGCCUUUGAUUAUUUCCAAAGAAGACAUCAGAGACAACAUUGUCAGUUACAAUGAUGAAGGCGGCGGAGAGGAAGACACCCAGGCAUUUGAUAUCGGCACGCUGAGGAAUCCUGAAGCCAUAGACGAUAACAAACUACGCAGAGACAUUGUGCCGGAAACGCUUUUUAUGCCACGGCGGACUGCAACGGUGCGUGAUAACACGGAUGUCAGAGAUUUCAUUAACCAAAGGUUAAAGGAAAAUGAUAUAGAUCCAACGGCACCUCCAUAUGACUCGUUAGCGACAUACGCGUACGAAGGUAAUGGUUCUGUGGCCGAGUCCCUCAGCUCCUUGGAGUCCGUGACUACGGAUGGAGAUCAGGACUAUGAUUACCUCAGUGACUGGGGUCCUCGGUUUAAAAAGCUGGCAGAUAUGUAUGGCGCAAUGGACAGUGACAAAGACUCUUAAUAUGUUGCCUUUUUGUUUCUUGGUCUUUUUUUUUCCCUUCCUCAUUUUCAGAAACAGCAUUGACAUAUGUGAAGUGGCUAUUUCUUUCUAUUUCUCCACAGCUGUGUGAAAGGGUUUUCUGUUCUACCCGCUCAAAUUGUCUAAUGACUGCAGCCUGUGCGGAUUAGAAACUUUUUCUAGUAUCAUUUUAUGAGCUUCCAAGAGGCAAAGUUCUUAUUUUUUAGUGCAUCCAGUUUACCAAGCCAAUCUUACAGGCACGGC